UCCUCCACAAGGAGAUAGCACCGUCCCCCACCAGGCAGCGAUUACUGACACGUUUGCCCCUCAGCCUAGAUCAGCUUACAACUCAAUGGCGGAAUUUGUUGAGCACGUUCACGUGGAGUCCGACACCAUGCUGCAAAGACUAGAGGCGAGACCUCCAGUCGUCAGGCCUGACGACGUGGCGAGCAUCCUUCGCAACUUCCGUGCACGUGCUGCCGCACUACUACGUCGUGUCUCCUGUCGGAGCGCGGCAGAUGUGGUGCAGACGUCGGGCCGACGGCCAUCACCACCACUACCCCGACGUUCCAGCGUGGAUCGGAGUGGUCCAUCCUCUUCACGUCGCGGGUACGAAGCGGCCCACACAUCUCACGGUCGUCCUUACCUUUCAGCACACCCCAGCACCGGAGUACACCAGGGGGUCAGCCGGAUCAGGGGUACCCACGUCGAGCACGGCACCACCACGUCCGCAGGUAUUCCAAACUCCGCCUUAUGUUCACCCCUCGCAGGGAGCAUCUGGGUCGGCACACUUCCCUUACAUGCCAACGGGGGACAACGUGUUGAACACACCAGCAUGGGGACUUCAUAUCACUCCGCGUGCGCCAGAGCAGGGCCACACACAGCACACAUACGAUGAGUACGGUUCGGCGUCGACGCAUCACGGAAUGCCUGCUUACUCCCCUCGCACAGC